ACCCAUCGAAUCUACAUAAUUCCAUUGAAAAUGUAUUUGACUAGCUGGUGGCUGACGAGGUUUGUGCCCUCCGUCUAUACCGUGGUUCUCCUCGUGGCUCUUCCUCUCAAUAUAAUGGCGAUUAUUAUGUUCUUGGUGAAGGUGAAGGUGAAGAAGCCAGGAGUGGUGUACCUGCUGAACCUGGCCGCUGCUGAUGUUCUCUUUGUUAGUAUUCUUCCUUUUCACAUUGUGUACCGAUUCUCAGGAAAUAACUGGCUGAUGGGGGAAGGGAUGUGCCGAUUUGUCACUGCCACGUUUUAUGGUAACAUGCGUGGAUCCAUCCUGCUGAUGACGGGUAUCAGUGUGGACCGGUUCCUAGCUCUGGUCUACCCGGUCCAGUCCCUUUCCUGGCGCACAAUGAGACGAGCCUGGCUGGUGUGUUGCGGCAUCUGGGCGAUAUCGUUCGCCAGCACCGUGCCGCUUCUCAUAAGGCAACAAACCCAAAAAUUUCCCAACCUGAAGAUCACAACCUGUUCUGAUGUUCAGGAAGCCGAUUUUUUUUACAAGUUUUAUGUUUACUACUACUUUCCCAUGUAUAUAGCACUUUUAUAUUUCUUACCUUUAAUUGUUACAACCUUCUGUUACAUUGGAAUCUUCGGCACCCUCCGCACACCGAGCAUCAAGGGCGCCCAGAAGAAAUCCCGAGCCGUCUUCCUGACCGUGGUUGUGCUGUGUAUGUUUGUCCUCUGCUUUGGCCCAGCCAAUGUUAUUUGGUUCUUGCAUUACCUGCAGAUCUAUAAACAAGCCAGUACCUUCCUGUAUGUCGUCUACAUUGUCUGUGUCAGUAUUAGCAGUGUCAGUUGUUGUCUGGACCCUCUUAUCUAUUACUAUGCAUCUUCCCAAUGGCAGAGACACGUCUACAGCCUGCUGGGUUGUAGGAGAGAAUAUAAAGCACUUGUCAAACAGCAUUGAGUCCUUAUCCAAAAAGAGAAAAAGUUCCAAUAAACCUCCCGAAACUUCCCGGUUUAUAUAACUUGAUGAGGCAGAAAAAUUUCCAGAAAAUAAUCCCCGUUAUAAAGAAUUAAAACUAAUAUAUGCUUUACUAAUGGCUAAAAAUGAAGGGCUUACAGUAUAUGCCGAUGUUGGGUUCACAUACCUCCCAACCCGCCCAGAUUCUGCGGGAAUUUCCCGCAUAGACACUUUUUUCCCACAGUCCCGCGUUGGGCUUCCUGAGAAGUUUGCUGGUAUAUCUCCAGUACUUCUUUGUGUCCCUGGCUUCCUGAGAAUAUUCCUAGUGUACCCCCAGUUCUUCCUUGUGCCCUUGGCUUCCUUAGAAAAUAACUAGUGUACCCCCAGUGCUUUCUCAUGUCCCUGGCUUCCACAGAGGAAUCCUAGUGUACCCCCAGUGCUACCUUAUGUUCAUGACUUUCAAAAAAAAAAUCCUAGUGUACCCCCAGUGCUUCCUCGUGUCCCUGGCUUCCUGAGAAUAUUCCUAGUGUACCCCCAGUGCUUUCUCAUAUUCCUGGCUUCAUCAGAAUACUCCUAUGGUCCCCCCAGUGCUCCCUUGUGUCCCCGGUUUGCUCAGAAUAUUCCUAGUGUACCCCCAGUGCUUCCUCUUGUCCCUGGCUUCCUGAGAAGAUUACAGUUGUACCCCCAGUGCUACCUUGUAUCCUUGGCGUCUUGAGAAGAUUCCUAGUGUAACCGCAGUGCUACAUUGUAUCCUUGGCUUCCUGAGAAGAUUACGGGUGUACCCAGACUUUUUGAGAAGAUAACACAGUGUUUUCUCAUGUCCCUGACCUCCUCAGAAGAAUCCUAGUGUACCCACAGUGCUUCCUUGUGUCCCCGGCUUCCUCAGAAGAUUCCUAGUUCACCCCCAGUUCUACCUUGUGUCCCUGGCAUCCUCAGAAGAUUCCUAGUGUACCCCCAGUGCUUCCUCUGUCCCUGGCUUCCUCAGAAGAAUCCUAGUGUACCCCCAGUGCUUCCUUGUAUCCCUAGUUUUCUGAGAAGAUUCCUAGUGUACCCUCAGUGCUUCCUUUUGUCCUUGGCUUCCUGAGAAUAUUCCUAAUUUACUCCCAGUGCUUCCUUGUGACCUUGGCUUCCUCAGAAGAAUCCUAAUGUGCCCUCAAUGCUUCCUUGUGUCCCUGGCUUCCUGAGAAUAUUCCUAGUGUACACUCAGUGCUUUCUUGUGUCCCUGACUUCAUUAAAAGAUUCCUAAUUUACUGCAAGUGCUUCCUUGUGUCCCUGACUUCCAAAGAAUAUAAUUGGUGUACCUCCAGUGCUUUCUCCUGUCUUUGGCUUCCAGAGAAUAUUCGUAGUGUACCCCCAGUUCUUCCUUGUGUCCCUGGCUUCUUCAGAAGAAUCCUAAUGUACACCCAAUGCUUAAUUGUGUCCCUGUUUCCUCAAUACUCCUAGUGUACCCCUAGUGCUUCCUGAGAAGAUAACUGGUGUACCCCCAGUGCUUCCUUGUGUCCCUGGCUUCCUGGGAAUAUUUCUAUUUUUCUCCCAGUGCUUCCUUCUGUCCUUGACUUCCUCAGAAGAAUCCUACUGUGCCCCAAAUGCUUCCUUGUGUCCUUGGCUUCCUGAGAAGAUUCCCAGUGUACCCCCUGUGCUUCAUUAUCUCCCUGGCUUUCUGAUAAUAUUCUUAGUGUACCCCCAGCGCUUCCUUGUGUCUCUGGCUUCCUGAGAAGAUUUCUAGUGACCCCCUGCACUUCCAGUGCUCUACCGGACUCCUAGUAAACGUAAUAUUGUUAAGCCCCAUACACACUAUGGUCCGGAUUCACAAAGCACUUAUGCCGACG